GCGACCUGGUGCCUAGCCCACAUCGCGGGCCCCUUAUUUAAAUGAGUGUCCCCAGCUGUGACGUCCAGUAAUAAUCGAGAAUCCAUCGCAAUCGCAGUUUUUGAAAUGACGACGUACACCGACAAGGGGCCGAAACCCACGGCGGGUGAAUUCCUGGCGUUCGAUCACCUGAAGCUGUGGGUAGGAAAUGCAAAACAGGCAUCAGGAUACUACAUCACUCGUUUUGGCUUUCAACCCCUGGGAUAUCAGGGCCUGGAGACAGGAUCCCGGAAGAUCGCCUCCCACGCAGUCAAGCAGAAUAAAAUUGUCUUCGUGUUCGAAUCGUCCUACGACCCGGACGACAAGCUGAUGUCAUCCCACCUGUCCAGGCACGGUGAUGGGGUCCGUGACAUCGCCUUCAGCGUCGUGGACAUCGACUCCAUCGUCAGGGUAGCAAAAAAACGAGGGGCUAGAGUCGUCAGGGACGUCUGGGAGGAGCAGGACGAUAACGGAGUCGUCAGGAUGGCAACUCUUCAGACUUUCGGGGAUACGCUCCACACUCUGGUGGACAGAACCAACUACAGGGGGAAAUUCCUCCCAGGAUACGUCGACUCCCCCGAUGAUCCCAUCAGUCGAUUGUUACCAGAUCCAAAGUUGAAUUUCAUAGACCACUGCGUGGGCAAUCAGCCCGAAAAUCAAAUGGAGCCAGUGGCGAAGUGGUACGAGGAUAAUCUCCAGUUCCACAGAUUCUGGUCAGUGGACGACACACAACUGCACACGGAGUACUCCGCCCUGAGAUCAAUCGUUAUGACAAAUUACGAAGAGACAGUGAAGAUACCGAUAAACGAGCCAGCGCCAGGUAAAAAACGCUCACAGAUCCAGGAGUUCGUGGAGUACUACGGCGGCUCUGGAAUCCAACACAUCGCCCUGAACACGGACGACAUCAUCAGGGCUGUGGAGAACCUGAGGGCCAGGGGUAUGGAAUUCCUCCAGGUCCCCGACAGCUACUACGAUUUGCUCAGGUCAAGGCUCAAGUCCAGUGGUACUAACAUCCUCGAGGACAUCUCCGUCCUCCAGAAGCUCAAGAUUCUCAUCGAUUAUGACGAGAAUGGAUAUCUUCUCCAGAUAUUCACGAAAAAUGUCCAGGACCGACCGACUUUGUUCAUUGAAAUUAUUCAACGGAGAAAUCAUAACGGAUUCGGCGCUGGGAAUUUCCAGGCGUUGUUCGAGGCAAUCGAGAUAGAGCAGGAGAAAAGGGGCAAUUUGUAACAGAAAAUCCUCGAAGAAUGCGUGAAAAUGUAAUUAAUCAUUAAAUGUUUUAUUCUUACGGCAUAGAAGCAUUACUUUCCUGUAUAAAAAUUUAAUCUAGAUAAAAUAAUACGCAAAGA